ACUGCCGUCUGUUUAGAAGAAAUAAUGAAGGAAGUCACCCAAAUUCGAUUUGAGGUUAAAAUUCUCACGGAGAACAAAACAUCGGCGAGACCUAAGAACUGUGUUGAGCUCUACCAUUCCGGUCAAAGGAUCAGCGGUGUUUACACAAUCGACCCAGAUGGCUUAGGUGCCUUUAAUGUCUUUUGUGACCAAACUACUUCCGGUGGGGGAUGGACAGUCUUCCAGAAGAGAAUGAAUGGUUCCGUUGAUUUUAAUCGCACCUGGAAUGACUACAAACAUGGCUUCGGUAACUUGGUCGGUGAAUUUUGGCUCGGACUGGACAAGAUAAACCGUCUAACACAAAACAAGACAAAGAACAUGCUUCGAGUAGAUCUGGGGGUAACUACCUGCCAAACUGUUCACGCUGAGUAUGAAUGGUUUGGGAUUGGGAACGGGACGGCUCACUACCGGCUAUACAUUGGCAAUAUGACAAAUUCAACUGUUUCCUCUGAUUCCCUCAAUCCUCACAAAGAUCUCAUUUUUGGUACCUGGGAUAGAGAUGCUGCUAAUUGUACUCCAAAAAGAGGCGGAGGCUGGUGGUAUGGCAGCAGUAGUGAUUGUGCUGUUUCGUCGAAUCUCAACGGAAUUUAUCCGCAUUGUCGAAAGGAGACCUGGGCCAAUAUCCAUUGGGAUAAAUUAGAUCAAAACAGUCCCGAAGGCAGCGCCCCCACAUCAACUGAAAUGAAAAUUAGACCAGUGGAUUUUUUUUAAAACUUUCUGACGGUAAAGUGUUCAUGUAAUUAGUGAUUUCUGCCCCCUCUGAUCGGUCGACUUCGCUUUUAUUGCAAUUGUGAUUGGCAGAUUAAUGAUCGAGUGACCUUUGCAUGCAUGGUGAUGUUGAUCCUUUUUUACGCUCUAUUCAUUGUUGAUUUGAAAACGCUAUAAUUUAAAAAAAAAUAGUUUGUUUGCUGUUUAAAUUAAACCAAAAUAUCUGUGAAUUCAGUUUUCUAAUAUCUGUCAAAGAAAUUUAUCCGGACCAAUCGAUGCUGUUUUGAAACGUUAAGAAGAAAUUUGCAUAACAAGAAAUAAAACGCCUUUUAAUUCUAGAUUUUAAAGUAUUUAGAAUAUACAGAUUAGAAAAAAAGACGAAAUCAUAGACUUAACCAUAUAUAGUUGAUAAAAUGCGAUUUUAAAAAAGAAUGUUUUCAUCACAUCGAAAUUAAUUCAGGAAGAUUUAUAUCUAUGGAACGUUCUAAGCUACCAGCUGGAGCUCAUAAAAUUUGAUGUUUUUAACUUAUUUUUAGUUUUUCGU